GUUUCGGGAUGGCUGAUGUCUUGUGCUCCGAGCAGUUCGGCUCCGGGGCGGCCCGGGGCUGCCGUGCCGCCCCCGACGGGAGCCUGCAGUGGGAGGCCUGGGGGCGCAGCUGGUGGGGGUUCUCCGGAGCCUUCACAGCGAAACCCGGAGGACGAGAUGGGGGCGGAGGGGUGGCUCCCGGGACUGCCUCCCCACCUCUCUCCCGGCUGUUGGCCGUGUUCCUGCCUCAGGGCUUCCCCGAUAGCGUCAGCCCGGACUAUCUGCCCUACCAGCUGUGGGAUUCCGUGCAGGCCUUUGCUUCCAGCCUCUCAGGCUCCCUGGCCACCCACGCAGUCUUGCUGGGCAUAGGGGUAGGGGACGCAAAAGCUUCUGUUUCAGCUGCCACGGCCACCUGGCUCGUGAAAGAUUCAACUGGUAUGCUGGGCCGCAUCGUCUUUGCCUGGUGGAUGGGGAGCAAGAUGGACUGUAAUGCCAAGCAGUGGAGGCUUUUUGCUGACAUCCUCAACGACAUCGCCAUGUUCCUCGAGAUAAUGGCUCCCAUCUUGCCCUUCUGUUUCACCAUAACCGUCUGCAUCAGCAACCUGGCCAAGUGCCUCGUGGGUGUGGCUGGUGGGGCCACUCGGGCCGCACUGACCAUGCAUCAGGCCCGGAGAAACAACAUGGCCGACGUGUCAGCCAAGGAUGGCAGCCAGGAGACACUGGUAAACCUGGCAGGGCUCCUGGUCAGCCUCUUGAUGCUGCCCCUGGUGUCCGAUAGCCCCAGCUUAAGCCUCGGCUGUUUCUUCUUCCUCACUGCCCUGCACAUCUACGCCAACUACCGAGCGGUCCGGGCCCUUGUCAUAGAGACCUUGAAUGAACAGCGGCUCUGGCUGGUCCUGAGGCACUUCCUUCAGCGGGGAGAGGUACUGGGCCCCACAUCAGCCAAUCGGAUGGAGCCACUGUGGACAGGUUUCUGGUCAUCUGUGUCUCUAUCCUUGGGGGCCCCCCUACACUGCGUGACGUCCAGUGUCUCUCAGCUGCAGCACCUGGUUGAGGGGCACCAAGAACCCUACCUCCUUCACUGGGACCAGUCACGAAACCAGGUACAGGUUGUCCUGAGUCCGAUGGCGGGACCUGAGGCUGUUCUAAGGGCUGCCACUCACGGGCUGGUGCUUGGAGCCCUGCGGGGAGAUGGACCCCUCCCAGAAGAGCUGGAGGAACUGAGGAACCAAGUACGGGCAGGUCCUGAGAAAGAGAGCUGGGUUAUUGUCAGGGAGACACACCAAGUGCUGGACAAGCUCUUCCCAAAGUUCUUGAAAGGUCUACAGGAUGCGGGCUGGAGCACUGAGAAGCACCAGCUAGAGGUGGAUGAGUGGAGGGCCAUGUGGCUCCUGUGCCCAGAAAAGAAGGUCUUGUGAGCAGCCCCGCUGGAGGCCCAGGUCUCAGGACAGGGGCCUGGAACAAGGACACUCUGGCUGCAGCAGGACUAAGCAAGGCAGCUUUAUUUGUUCUUAGGGGAACCACAGUGGCCAGCUGGCCAAGGCCUCACAGGGUGUGGCUACCAGUCAAAUGGACUGGGCCCAAGGCAGAAACAAGGCAGAGAGUAGGGGUCCCAGGGGCUCCCUGCUACUCUCUGGCCCCAGGCCCUUCUCACUGCAGCUGGCUCCCCAUGCCCAGUCACCUCAAGGCUGUGACUCAGGGUAUCCGACACAGUGAGCCUCAGGCAUAAAAGCCCCAGAGGAACGUGGCCACGGCCAUCAUGAGCAGAGCAUUAAGGUUGACCACGCGGGCCCAGCGUGGGUCCUCACUGAUGUCCUCCAGCCGCCUGGCUGCAGCAGCUGUCUCCUCCUGGGUAGGGCGUGGGGGACUGCCCGCCCCACCCCUGCUCACGCCACAGAACCAGAGCAGGCACUGCCGCAACAGGCCUGGCCUUGGGGGCGGGGGCGCUGGGAGAAGAUGAGGCCUGACAGUGAGUCUGAGGACACUCGGCUCCCACAGCACCCCCGCCCCAACUCCCGGGGGCAGUGCCUUACCCUCCAUCUCCACUGCGUGCUCAGGGCGCCCGUUCUGCACGGGGGCUGCGGUCGGACCUUCUGGCUCCUCAGCAUCCAGGUCCUCCCUCUCCUCCUUGCUGUGCCGGAGACUGAAAACCAGGCGGUGGAGCUGGGGAAGGAGGGAGCAGGGGCCGAGUGGGAGUGCCGUCCCCACAGCCUGCCCCAGAGCAGGAGGUCUCCUGUCCAUACCAGCACUCCCUCGCGUCUCUGUCCAGCCUGCACAGCAGCCCGGGACCACCUUCCAUGGCUGCCCUCAGGCUAAACCCAAGCUCCUCAACUAAGUGUUUAAAAACUUUUGGCCCUGCUCUGCCCUCGGCUUCAUCACCCCCAUGUCACAAUUCAAUUCUAGUACUUAGUCUUCCAGUCCUGCCAACACGGUGUUCCUCCCUGUGGGUGUUUGCUACGAGGGCUUCCUCUUGCUGCCUUUGCCCCUUCUGCACCUGUGGAGUCCUACCCCUCCUUCUGGGCCCCAAUCAGCUCUGCUCUGGGGCACCCACCUUCCCACAGCACAAAACCAAGCCCUUUGGGGGCUUUUGGGGUAGUACUCAGUCCCUCCCGGCCACCCCCGAGGCCGAAACUCUGGGGGGCCCCAGAUCUUCAGGCCACCUCAA